AUGACUGCUGUUACGUGUGCCGCCUGUUUCCGCCUUCGCGGCGAGGAAGUCCUGAUUCCAACAACAUCUUCUCCAGUUAGCUUUACUGAUGUAAAGUAUCGUGAAACCGCAGGAUGUUUCACCUAUGGCAUACAUGACCCCGAUAUUCUGAACCUGAAGAAUCGGUUCAUUAUCUGGCGUGCAUGCGGUUCGAAGUUUUCAUGUCAGGAAUACUCGUUAACCUAUGACCUCGUUGAUGCCUCCCGCUCUUUCCGGUUUCAGAAUGAUGUCAUCUUGCCGGGCACCAGUAUCUGUGAGACGCGGAGGGCCGUCCACAUUUUGGUCUGCACCACGUUUUCUGUACACCGCAUCUCGUUUGGACACCCUUCAUCUGCUCUGCAAGAUAACGGUGCGGAAACGGACACUUUGCAACGAACGUCUGUGCUUAGCUCUUUCAAUUAUGAAGCUAUGCUUGAUCCGUCGAAUAAAUAUUUACUUUCAUUACCGGCCAAUACCAUGCCUGUUGUCUCCGCUUGCGCUGUCUCCAAAGACGACGAGGCGCUGUUUCUGGUCGGAAUGGAUGAUAGUUCCGUGUUACUGAUAACUAUGCCACCAUAUCUGGCACAGGGCACCCCUACUCAGACGCUGCUGUGUCGAGGUUUUUCUGUAAGGAGAACGUGGUCAAGUCUGUUGCCGUUCGGCCACUCUGAACCGUCACCAGGCGAAACAGUGGUCGAUAUUGCCGUUCAUCAGCGCAAUACAGAAGUUCUAUUCUGUGUAGUGUCUCGCGACGGAAGGGUGCAGCUGUGGUCUCACGGCGGCAACAAAGAAUGCUCACCUUCUUGCGUUCUGUCGGCGCAUCUGCCAGUCGACAAGGGAGUAGUACCAAUGAACGCCUCUGACGUGGAUAAAUGGCGUAUUAAGAUUUUCGAAAUCUCCGGCCAGGUUUUGCUUACGGUCUUUGUUUCCGUAGAGGAUAUCAGUCAGUUCUUUGUUUUGUCGGUGAACAGCGCCUCCUCGCGAUUGGACAAGUUGUUGUGUUUCGAAGCGUUCGAUGUAAAACACAUGGAACUGAUCGACUUUUGCCAAACCAGCGUCACCUUCUGGACUCUGUGGUUCGAUGGACAGAAACCAGUUGUUUACUCCAAGCAGCUGCAUCUCGACUCCUUUUGUCAAGCACAGUGGAAACAGAUUUCGUUCGACAGCGAUGGCGGCCACCGCACAGUCACUAAUUUCUCUACUUGUGACUUGACGACCGCUUUGCAAUUCAUCUUUGAGCGAAGUCUUUUUUCGCCCAAGGUCAUACUGAAGUCUGUUCGGGUCUGCUGUGGUACCAAAUUCGCGUUUUCACCAGAUGUGCAGGCGAUGAAGAGUGAAGUCAUGAAAUACGCUACCACACUGGGUUCGGCAUCCUUCGACAACAACAGAUCGACAGUGGCACCUAGCUGUGGCGCCGAGACUUCGAAGAUGAAUGCAGCUCAGUUGGCUUUCAUGGAAAAUCUGUUGUCAUGCUGCACCCAGUACCACCAGGUGGAGCUGCGGCCGUUGGCGUUGCUGUACCUACCAUCGACGUCAGCUCACGGCCUGAUAUGUGAGGAAAGGUUUUUCGUCUUCUCUGUUAGCGACUUAUUCGACGACCAUCGAUCACUGAGCGAAAGUGACGAAAGUGUUCCAUUCGAUCACACGAGAAAGCUAAUGUCAUCGUACAGUGUGCCGGAGACUAUUGCCGCUUACGUCUACCCAAAGUUCUCCAAAGAUAUUUCGAACAUGAAACAGGACCCUUGGCCGGUCGCUAAGGAAGCUGUUAGUUACCUCAUUUCUAAUGUGAGCUACAGUCGAUUCAUCCAGAAAUUCAAGGCCAAUAUAAUGCAUGAUGAGAUGGGAUUUUGCCAUUUGACUGAGCGAGUGAUAUGCGCUCUUGAACCGCAUGCACUGCCUAGCAGAAAUCCUGGCACGGGUGAGUAG